GCGACCACCAUGCGCCUGUGCAAUGGCCUUUCUCUACGCAGUUGUUUAGAUUUGUCGAUUUGAUGGAUACUUCCACUUAUAGUUUCUCAAUUAGCUAAAAGUCUUUGAAAUAUUUUUGUGUUAAGAUAAGGAUAAUUUCCAAAGAAAUUGCAUAGUUGUUACAGCAAAGAUUGCGCUGUGUUUUGGAUUUUCUUUUCUCUGGAGUUCUCAUCCCUUGUUGGCUAUUUUGGGAGUUUAUCAACUUUUCAAGCGAUUCUUGUCAUUUUCGUUGAUAAUGGAGUUUCACGUUGGUGGGUCUGUUGGGGUCGUUGUCAGUGGGAAUAACGUACCUGCAUUUCUCACAAAACUUUGGACUCUUGUUGAGGAUCCUGACACCGAUCCUCUAAUCUGCUGGAGCCCAAAUGGCAACAGCUUCCAUGUGUUUGAUCAGUGCCGAUUCUCCAAGGAGGUGCUUCCCAAGUAUUUUAAACACAAUAACAUGGCCAGCUUUGUGCGCCAGCUCAAUAUGUAUGGCUUCCGCAAAGUAGUUCACAUUGAGCAGGGCGGCCUGGUGAAGCCCGAGAAGGACGACACUGAAUUCCAGCAUCCCUACUUCCUCCGCGGACAAGAGCAUCUGCUGGAAAAUAUCAAACGGAAAGUUACCAAUGUGUCCAAUGUUAAACAUGAUGAGCUUAAGAUGAGCUCAGACGACGUCUCAAAAAUCCUGACCAAUGUGCAGCACAUAAAGGGCAAGCAGGAGACCAUAGACUCCCAAAUCAUCGCCAUGAAGCAUGAGAAUGAAGCUCUGUGGAGGGAGGUGGCCAGCCUCCGACAGAAACACGCCCAGCAACAGAAAGUCGUCAACAAGCUCAUCCAGUUCCUAGUGACCCUGGUGCAGUCCAACAGAGUCCUGGGGAUGAAGAGAAAGAUUCCCCUGAUGCUGAAUGACAGCAGCUCCGCCCACUCCUUGCCCAAGUUCAGCAGGCAGUACUCUCUGGAACAUCUACAGGCCUCGCUGCAGGUCUCGCCUGCUAUCUCCGCCUCAGGCGCACCAUUCACCAAUACCGGUCUCUUCACGGCAGAGCCGUCUCUUAACAACGGCCCCAUAAUCUCUGACGUCACCGACCUGGCACAGGCCAGUCCUGUGGAGGUCACUAAUGAGUGGAUAGAGGAAAGCACGAGCCCAUUGGUCCACAUAAAGGAGGAGCCGUCCAGUCCCGUGUUGGAGGAGGUCUGUCCGGCCGAGGCCGUGAUCGGUGGGGCAGGAGUCCAAGUAGACACUCCCCUGUCACCCAUCACCUUCAUCAACUCCAUCCUGCAGGAGAGCAACGAGCCUAACGCGUCCCCUGCCCCAACGACCCCUACGGAGCAAAAGUGUCUCAGCCUCGCCUGUCUAGACAAUUCUACACAGAUGUCAGAGGUCUCUCGCCUCUUCCCCAGCCCCUCCUCGACUCUACACCUCAGACCUCACCCAGGGAGUGAGCUGAGUGACCAUUUGGACAGCAUCGACAAUGGCCUGGAAAACCUCCAGACUAUCCUAAACGCGCAGUCCAUCAAUUUCGAGUCCUCGCCCCUCUUUGAAUUCUUCAGUUCUUCCCUGCCUGGCUCUGAAUUCGACCUGGAGAGCCUUGACUGUAUCCAGGACUUGCUUUCAUCAGAUUCACCCAAAGGGGCUGAGAGAAGUGACAAUUACACAGCAGGGAAGCAGCUGGUCCAGUACACCUCCCAGCCAAUGCUACUGACUGACCCACUGACCAAUGAGAAUGGCGGAGCGGACCUCCCCACUCUGCUGGAGCUGGAGGGGGACUCGUAUUUCACCCAGGACCAGGACCCUGAAGAGGACCCUACCAUCUCGCUCCUCACUACCGACUACCACACAGCAGCACCAGACAAGCCCGAACUAUCCUAAAGCAUUUUUUUUUAUAAAGUGAUGUAUUGCAGUGUUUGUUUUUUUGUCAUUAUGUUAAUGUGCAGAUGAUGAAAAAUCAACCUGUUAAAACAUUUAUUAUUAUGGUGUUCAUUAUUCUCUGAGCUAUUGAUUUUCAUUCAUUUUAAGGCUUAAACUACUUAAUGAAAGAAUUUUGCUUAGAUGAAUCAAACCAAAUGUUCGACUUACGCUCCUGGCAUGGUUUAUUCAGCCCAUGGAAAGGACUUCCUGGGUUGAAUUAUCUGUGAUCUUACUGGCGGACACAAAUAAAGCUCAAUCAUAAUCAUUACUAGGUCAAGUUUUAAGCAUUGUU